GGACAAGUCAGUUACUGAAACUGAAUACAGCGCACACUGACUGAGCUUGACAUUAUCGCCAUUGAAACAGCCUUUUUGUGGAAUGAGUAAUAACCUAACUCAAUCCCUCUCCGACGCGAGAAACUCGAAAGACGAUAUUUUUGGCCGCUCGCAACUGCAACUAUGGUUCGAAGUGUCCAUAGGCAUAUUGAUGUGCCUUGUGGCAGUUACAGGAAACACUUUAAUAGUAAUCGCCAUCAAUUAUGAUCGAAGACUCAAUACAAUCACCAAUAUGCUGGUCGAAAACUUGGCUUUUACCGACAUCUUCAUGGCAGCCCUACACAUGCCCUUUUGGGUUAUAAGUCUCCGCUAUGGACGCUGGGUAUUCGGUCAAGCUCUUUGCCAGCUAGUGGGAUUGACACAGUUGAUAUUCGGAAUUGCGUCGCUAUUUACGAUGACAGGCAUCGCUUUUAAUCGUUACUUCAACAUAGUCCGGCGAAACCUUUAUAUAAAGUACUUUUCUACGAAAAAAAUCACCUACAUCAUAAUUUUUCUUACGUGGUUGGGUCCCAUUAUCGCCACAACACCGCAGCUAUACGGAUGGGGCAAGAUUGACUACCACGCCUUGUUCGCCGACUGCACGUGUGUUUGGAACCUACCCGAUGUGUCUUUUAUAAUAACCCUUUGCGUCAUGACUAUUUUCUUGGCAGCCGCUGUCAUAUCAUGGUGUUAUUACACCAUUUACAAAACGGUAAAAGCGAGUGGGGAGAGAAUGCAGGGACAUGCAGCCAAGAGCAACGUCAAAAGCAACCUGGUCCGCAAAUCUGGUGAGAAGACGGAGACUAAAGUCCUCAAGACCUCCUUCGUGGUGGUUUGUGUUUACAUGACUUGUUGGACGCCUCUCUCUGUCAUGGGUUUCAUCGAAGUGUUUGGAGGAGAGAGUCCGCGUUGGGCCCACUUAUUCGCCUACUACCUCGUGUUCUGCAGUAGCCUCACCAAUCCCUUCAUAUACGGCAUCAUGAACCCGCAGUUCCAACAAAGCUUCAAAAAGAUGUUUCGUUUACGCGUGAACGAUGUGCAGCCCAUCUCGAGCCGUGCAAAUUGUAAAGAAACAAAGAGUACCGCGUUAGGUAGUAAGGUGGUUUUAGCAGAUGAUAUGCCAAGCACCUCCAUCAAUUCGGUGCCUUUGUUUCGAGAUCAAAAUCACAAUGCAAGUGACACAGGCGUGUUUGUGAACGGUGUGGCUGAAGCUGAAGAACAAUCUGAUGUGCCUGGAAAGUCAUUUAUAAAGAGAAAUGGCCAGGCUUGGCAAAGAUGACCAAUUGCAAUGAAACUAACUGAGGUCCAUUUUUUUUUUACUUAGUUUCAGAAACAGGUAUUAAGAUAAAGAACUACCUUCAGUUAGAUGACGUGUCAGGGCGGCUCGUCAAAGAGGUUUCGUUACCAGAUGCAGAUUAGCAGAUUGAUUCAACAUACGAGAACUUUCUUUAUUAAUUAGACAGACUGGGUUUAUUGUAAUAUUUCUCAGCUAAUGUAAGCGGCUUUUAGGGUUUAGGUCACUCUAACUUUUGUGACAUAUUAUUGACAGAAGACGUUCAAGAGAGCUUGAACAACUGUCUCGAUAUAAAGGAAGAAAGAUUUUCAAACAAAAUAUCAACAAUCACACAUUGCUAAUAAUUAAAUGAUUGGUGGGCAAGUAAAUAAAUAAUUCGAUAAGAAAUUAACUAACGAAUAAGCAUUUUCGUUGACAUAUCUCUCGAAUUCAAAUAAUUGUACGCACGAUUUGUCAGUCUUCACUAAUCUCCUUGAGUUUGAUGAAACGUGCCAAAUGGUAUUCUUCAUAAGAUAUCUAUCGUAAAUAUGUCAAUGGACAGACUGGUUGCACUCAGAACCGCAGCGACUUUUAGAAAAGUAACAAAAGUAACUAUUACUGUAAGAAAACUUGUUCUUAAACUUAAAAGGAGAAUGUAUGCCUAUUGACAUCGAGAAGCACGUGAGAAGGUAACAUUUAAGUACCAUAACAUU